CUCGUGUACAGUCCGUCGUAGACCCGGUCAUUACGAGUCAGUUUGAAGAAGAGUGUCAACCGGAGAGUACACACAGCGUACACAGAGUGUCAUCAACCAAGUUUCAAGUGGGCUUUGUCUGAGAGUACAAGACAUGCACCAGUGGCCAACGACCGGGAUUGUCCUGAUCGUCGUCGCGUUGACCGGGUUACUGCAGACCAGGGGGACUUUCGGCGUGGGAUUACCGACCCCUUGGCAGCGAUGGCCGCUGCUCAGGCAGCUGUACAUGGCCCGGACCGGCGUGGCGUUUGAGGAUUGCGGAUCAACCUACGACGUCCUGUCAAUCGAGAUGUCCAGCUGCUCGAGCACGCCGUGCACCAUGGUCCGAGGAACGCACGUUACCGUCAACGCCGAGUUUACCGCCAAUGGCGCCAGCACGGGGUUGUCCAUGGAGCACGAAGCCUACUUUAUCAUAAAUGCGGUCCGGACCAAAGCAACCAUAACGCCCACCAAGUGUGAAGGAACGAUUUGUCCGCUGCAAGGAACGCUCGGCCUACUGUUUUCGGCGUCCAUUUACGUGAAUCCUCAACUGCCAGCGUUGCGGGGAACGCUUCAGUGGAAGCUCAAGAACGCUAGCAACGAAGCGUUGCUCUGCUAUAAAAUUCCGAUAACGAUUCGUUGAUAAAAGCGAAAGGGGAUAAAGCGCCGCGCAAGCGCGCGCUUUUGAGAUUAUGGCGAACUCUAGUUGUGAAACUGGGAACUAUGAGACUUUGAAACGGACAGACUGGCAACGCUGGCUUUGGACUUAUGGCGUUUGUUUUAAAUGAUUUUUAAUAAACGAAGCAUUAUUAAG